AUGCUCAGUGAAGGCUUCUGGGCAGACCGAACACCAGUUCAUGAAGCAGCCAGGCGGGGAGAAAUCCUGCAGCUGCAGCAGCUGAUAGAGAGCGGAGCCUGCGUCAACGCCGUCACCUACGACUCCAUCACCCCCUUGCACGAGGCCAGCCUGCGAGGACAAACGCAGUGUGUGAAGCUGCUGCUGGCUGCGGGGGCCCAGGUGGAUGCCAGGAAUAUCGAUGGCAGCACUCCGCUCUGCGACGCCUGUGCCUCGGGUAGCAUAGAGUGCGUGAAAGUGCUGCUGUCCCACGGUGCCAAGGUGAACCCUCCCCUUUACACAGCCUCUCCUCUCCACGAAGCCUGCAUGAACGGUAGCUCAGAGUGUGUGCAACUCCUCAUCGACGUCGGUGCGAACCUGGAGGCUCACGACUGCCAUUUCGGAACGCCCCUCCACGUGGCCUGUGCCAGAGAACAUCUGGACUGUGUGAAGCUGCUGCUCAAGGCGGGUACGGCAGCCACGGGGUUUGCUUCUGGGGGGGUG